UUCCAUGAAACUACCCUUUUCACCAGAACCAUGUGAAUUCUCUGUCGUGGAUGCACUUCGAACUCCACGUUCCACAUGCGUGCAACUUUUAUCACCUCAAAAGCACUCGAUCUGACUUGAUGAACCAUCACCAUGGCGUUGAGAUCGUUGCAUGCAUAUUAUUCUGACACUAGUACGACAAGACCAGCAGCCGACAGAACAACAGUGACAACUAUGGCUCCCUCAUCGCAGUUUUCGUUCAAUGGCUGUUUUGAGGACCCCAAGAGUCCCAAUAAUGGUGAUUCGUCCGAUGUCGAUGCCCGUUUCUGCGUCAAAACUACCGACAAGUGGACUCCAGGUUUUCCCCGCUGCUCCGCCUCCUUUGAAGGACGGCAAUGCAGACGCUGUGAGAUUGUCUCGGAACCCACCUGCUAUACAGACGGGAGAUUUGAAUAUAAAGACGAAGAGGGAGUGCUUCUCGAUUGCUCCAAUAUUCGUUAUGGCUACGAGACUGUGUCGGCGUGUCAAGGACAAACAAAGGCGUAUGUCUAUGUCAGCAGCGGCAACCCCUACAGCAGCGGCCACCGCAGCAGCAACCGCCAUCAUCACUCCAGCAGCAACAACAAGAUCAGCAUCAACUUGAAUGGGGAUGAUGAUGACAUUCUCGGAGCCAUUUUCUUUUUUGCGAUAUUGGCUUGCUGUGUCAUUCGCUUUGCGCAGAGACAGGGGACGCCUUAUUUGGAGGAACCACAACGACGACAACAACGACGUCGACGUCGUCAACGGCAACGGAAUCCACGGACGGGUCGCAUGGAACUGGUGGAAUUGACGGGUGUCCCUCAGCAAGAAGACGAAGAAGAGUGCCUGGAAGAACUUCCCGGUACAUCGUUUUCCUUUUUCCAACCCACGGAACUGGAUCCACAAACUGCCGCAAACCUCCAACUAUUUGUCCAGUGUGGAAAUUGGCAAGCCAUUCGAAAUUUCUUUGCCAAUAUCCCUCACAACAACAACAACAACAACAAUAAUAACAGUCAACAACGCUACUUUUGGAUGACCGUCGUGGAGGCGGAACUCGCCAAAACGUGGUCGUUGGAGGAAGACAUGAUGACUCCUUGGUUGGAGGAAUGGCUGGAACAGGAACCCGACAAUGUGGAUUGUCGGCUCUUGCGAUUGCACAUUUACGCGGCAUGGGCGUGGCAUGCCCGUCCCGCUGUACGCUCGCCCCAACGAGCGGCCAUCUUUCUCAAGCGAUUACUGGACGCGGCACACGAAUUUCGACAAUCCAAACCCUAUUGUCGCAGAGAGGCAUUGUUCUAUGCCGCUGGCAUGACCAUUGCCACGGGUCUGGGCAGUCAAGCCACGGCCAAUGGUGUCUCCAUGACAGACUGUCAAACCAGUCUUCAAAAGGAAACUUCCGAACCACUCUGUACCACGGCGCAUUGUCGGGCACUCCAGUACUACUCUCGUCAAUGGUAUGGAAGUCACGAACGCAUGCUCGCGUAUGCUUACGAUAGUACCAUGGACUUGGCCCCGGGGCAUCCUCUGUGGGUCCUCAUUCCCAUGGCACACUACGAAUGUGGCGUCGAACAAUCAUCUCGCUAUUGGCGCCGCGCCCACGUCCGACGAGACAUUUCCGGUGCCUACCAAAAGGCAUUUCCACACGACACGACGACAACAACAACCACAACAACAACGACAGCCCACGAAUGGAGUCUCGAAAUGACAAGUCGCAACUAUUUCUUGUACUGUUUCAUCAUGACACGACAAUUCGACGCCGCCAAACAGUUGAUUCGGGUGAUUGGACGACAUCCCACCGAACAACCCUGGAAGACGCUGGCGGCGUACAAGCGUCGUCUGAGAGAGUUGGGAUUUGAUGUUUCCGACUACUUCCGGAGGCCCGUAGAGGCGGUGGCGGCCGUUGUGGUGCCAACCAGCAACCCAGUGGUUGCGAGUCACACUCCUACGGCGUCACAAGUCGUGACCAUUCCAGUAGUGAUGGCUGAAAUUGACCAUGGUGGUUCCGAUGAUCUGCCGGUGGUCAAUGCCACCAUUGUCUAGCUAGCUAGCUAGCUACAUGUAUUGGCGGCUGCUUAUGGUUUGGCUUUGGUUAUUAGUGGUGCGCGCGACAGAAUUUCCAAUGGAGCACUAAAUAAGCGAGCAACCAGGGAUGAGGACGCGCAGGGGAUUCUGCUAGCUUGGUACAGUAGAUGCAGAAGAGUUGUCUACCUUGAACCGUUUAAGUUUCGAGGCGGCGAUGCAUCCGUGUUGGUGCCAGAACGAUAAACAGCAGUGCUGCAGACAGGCAACGGGUGGGAGUAUCGUUGUUUCAUGUAGAAUCUUGGUUGCCAGUAGCCAUAGUUCGGAAAACCUAACAAGUUAGUUUUUGCUACAUGUAAUUUCCCGUCAGCUACCAGUAUGAUA